UCAAGACUAAAGCGGUAUCUUCCGGCAGAAUGGCGGGGCAAGUCCGAGCUCCUCGCCCAAAAUCUGUCUCGAUAUCGUCACAACUGGAAACCCAGGGGCCUCUCACGAACGAACGAACAGCGGUCAAUUCGUCACUGUACCGCAUUAUCUCUAAUACCACUCGAAACCAAUCGAAUCAAAUUAGACACAGCCUCGAUUGACAAUGUCCGAGAAGCAACCCCCCACCAUCGUCGAGGGCGCUACGACAGGGGACGUCGAGGACGAAGUUCCCUCCACAACUGCCAAAUCCGCCGAAGAUCGCAAGGCCGCCUCAGCACUCGCCUCUCUGGAGGGUGGCGAUGACGCUGCGGGCAAGCAGGACGUUGACGCCGAAGCGGCUAAGAAGGCCCUAGGUAGCCUCAGUGCCGCGGACGCACCCGGUGGCGACAAAAAGACCAUGGAACUGCCUGUUCGGAACAUCAAAGUGGAUGCGAGUGAUGUUGCGCUGCUGGUUGAGGAGCUUGAGGUUACGAAGCCCAAGGCGACAGAAUUACUGAAGACCCAUGAAGGAGACGCGGUCAAGGCUAUGCGGGCGUUUAUUAGCGCGUAAUUACGACAGACACGAUCAUGAUCAAUGACAGCUCUAAAUACCCAGAGUGGAAAAAUGCCGCCACCGAAAGAGGCAGGGGUGCGAUGGAAUGGAGCAUGGCGGUUUCGACCUUGGACGGCCCGUUCACGACACCAUUGUGCAAUUCGAACGAGUUUUAUUAUGGCGACUAGAUAUACCCGGUUUUCUGAACAUACCAUACCUUAGGAUCAACUCCUGCAGUAUACGUCAGUGGUCUCCUCAGAGUCCAUGCCAAAUCUCUGCCGUCCCUUACCCCCCUUUAUCAAACUCAGGUAACACAUAAUGCACGGAGUAUCGAGGU